CCUCUCUCUUCCCAAAGCCAUCGUCUUUACAUACCUGUAGAAUCCGGCACCCUACAGCCGCUGAAUUGCAGGACUGACGGCUUGCUCUAGACUUGCCGGUGCUUUUUCGGCGUUGAUAACUGUCAGCCUGCGGAAACUUUCCUUGCGCAGUAUCUCUUUAACUUAUAAUUGCUCUCAAGAUACCCGUCUCUUUGGAUAUCUGACUCCGAGCCCUCGCCGCCUCUGUCGCUCGUUACAUUAGAUCUUUGCCAAUAUGGUGCGAUCGGUCCUCUCCGCUGCAUUCUUCCUCCUGCCGGUCCUGGUGAAGUGCCAGUAUGACAUGGUGAAGGAGUACACCGGUGACUCCUUCUUCGAUGAUUGGGACUUUUACAAUAACUAUGACAACCUGACGGAAGGCGACGUCUUCUUUGUGAGCGCAAAAUCUGCCGGACAGGACAAUCUGGCAUACAUCAGCGACUCUGGAAAUGCGAUCAUGAGGGUCGACAACACAUCGACGGUCACUGUCGGCAACAAGCGCAACAGUGUGCGAAUCGCCACGAAGGACCACUUCACCGUGGGUAGUCUCUGGGUCACCGACAUGGUGCAUGUGCCAUACGGCUGCUCGGUGUGGCCCGCCUUCUGGUCUUCGGCGGCUGAUUGGCCGAACGGAGGAGAGAUCGACACAUUCGAGGGGGUGAAUCAGGUGACGCGAAAUCAGAUGGCGCUGCACACGGAAACCGGCUGCUACCACUCCGCCAAUGCGGUUCAAACAAGUACCCUCGUCAACUCCACCGACUGUUCGAUAACUGCUGAUGACAAUGAGGGCUGCGUCGUCACCGAUCCCAGCACCAGCUCGUAUGGUGAAGCGUUCGCUGCUGCCGGCGGAGGAAUCUUCGUGACUGAAUUUGCCACAUCUGGUAUCUCAAUAUGGUUCUUCAACCGCUCGUCCAUUCCCAGUGUCCUCUCCGGUAACGCUAGCACGAUUAAUACAGGUGACCUCGGCACGCCCGUCGCUAACUGGCCAAGCAGCAACUGCACAGUCCAAAACUUCUUCGAGGACCAAGCGCUCGUGUUUGACAUCACUCUGUGCGGAGACUUCGCUGGCGACCAAACGAUCUUCGCAGAGACGUGCUCGGGUGUGUGCUACGAUGACUGGGUGAUCGGGACUCCGUCCAACUACGACAACGCGUAUUUCGAGGUCAGCUAUGUGCGCGUGUACGGCGAACAGGGCGAGGACACCGUUAUUUCGGGUGCACAGCGCUCGACCCUAUUCCGCCCAGCAGCAAUUGCGACGCUGCUUCUAGGAACGGCCAUGAUAUUGGCCCUGUAAGGGUUGACAUUCACAUUAUUCCUACAGAGUCCCUCGCUUCCACAUGCUAUGCUACACAUCAUCUGAUCCGUCACGCACAAAAGAUGGACACUCACAAACCUAAUAUAUAAUCCGGACAUACUAUCUAGGUAGCUGAUGAACCUCUUACUGUACAUUCGUUCCCUUUGAGCCGGUGUGGAUGUCCUUAUGCCUGCCGAACAUAUGCUUUCUAUGGUAUCCUACUUGUUGUGCGAACGCUCUCAGCUGGAAGUUUUCACUCUCUGGAGUUCAUGUUCCCGUAACCAUCCGCGCUUGACAGGCCCGCCAACAGGCACGCAGUCGCAUCUGUGGCCCACCUGAUC